GUGCUCGCUGCAUUCAGCCUGAUUGCUGCAUCCCGGUGGUCCUCCUUGGCAGUGAGAGGAGAGGUCAUCACCAUGACGCCGUCCUCGCAGGACUCCACCCCCUCGUCUAUGGCCGGCCUCCUCCUCUUCGUCCUCUUCCUCCUCCUCCUCCUCCCGGUCGCCGCCGUCCCGCCGACCCCGCCGACCCCACCGCUGUUUGACCCGCUAACCCGACCGGAGUGCAGCAAGAAAGAGCACCCGAAGGAGUACAAGGCCUGUAACCUGGAGGCGUGUCCUGAGGUGAAGAGGAACACCCCCUGGACUCCGUGGAUGCCGGUGAACGUGACUCAGGGCGGAGCUCGCCAGGAGCAGCGUGUUCGCUUCGUGUGCCGCGCUCAGCUGGCCGACGCCCACGAGCUGCAGAUCGGACGGCGGAAGGUGGAGACGCGUUUCUGCCCGAACGACGGAACGGCGUCCUGUGAGACGGACACUCUGGUGGAGGAGCUCCUGAAGACGCCGGUGUUGAGGCCGCCGGGUGCCGGCUGGUCUUCGUGGGAGACCUGGUCCGGCUGCUCGCAGAGCUGCGCCAAAGGCUACCGGACCCGCCGGCGGGGCUGCUCCGGACCGGAGGGGAAGAGCCCCCCCGUGGCGUGCCGGGGGUCCCCCGUGGAGUACCAGGACUGCAACGUGCAGACUUGUCCCGUAACAGGGUCCUGGUCCUGCUGGUCGUCCUGGUCCCAGUGCUCGGUGGGAUGCGGCGGCGGUCACUACCAACGCACGCGCUCCUGCAACAGCCCGCCGCCGGCCAGCGGGGGCGACAUCUGCCUCGGGCUGCACACCGAGGAGGCUCUGUGCAACACACACACCUGUGACGGCGGCUGGAUGGCCUGGUCUCUGUGGGCGGCCUGCGACGACUCGGGCCUGCAGACGAGGAGUCGGGUGUGCGGCGCUCAGGCCGCCGCCCCCUGUGUCGGGAACAGCACUCAGCGCAGAGACUGCAACGAGAUCCCCGUCAUCCUCCCUGCAUCUGGUUUUGAUAAGGACCAGCACUGUGGAGCAUUCACCUCCAUCCACCUCAUCGCCACGGGCGUGUCCUGUUUCCUGGGGGCGGGGCUUCUGUCCUUCCUGAUCUACGUCUACUGUCAGCGUUUCCACAAGCCGUCGCAGGAGUCCGCCGUCAUCCACCCGACGACCCCCAACCACCUGAACUACAAGGGCAACACCACGCCGAAGAACGAGAAGUACACGCCCAUGGAGUUCAAGACGCUCAACAAGAACAACCUGCUGCCGGACGAGCGGUCCAACUUCUACCCGACGGCGCUGCAGCAGCCCAACGUCUACACCACCACCUACUACCCCGCGGCGCUCGGCAAGUUCGACUACCAGCCCAACUCGUCCCCCUCGCCGUGCAGGACCUACAACCAGAACAACAACAGCUGAGACCCCCGGAGGACCCCAGUGGACCCCCGGAGGACCCCCGUGGACCCCCGGAGGACCUCAGUGGACC